AUGCUAUUACUUUUUAUUGCCUCAUUUGUAAACACAUUUCUUUUAAUCAGUAUCAGCUUAAUCAAAUGUUCUAAAGAACCUCCACCACCUCCACGGAAACCGGAAAGGCCUAAACCGCGCCCUUUGCCCCCACCUCCACCAAAUCUUGAGUUAGCAGGAAGCGGAACGAAAGAAGACCACACGCUCAAAGAUGUUGCAUCUUUAUCGCCUGACGACGAUAGUAGCAGGAAAGCCAAAGGAAAGAAGAAAACAACUGGAUCACGAGAAAAGACUGUUUGA